AUGUCGCCGAUAAUAGAGAGAAAAAAUAAACAACCACACAUGGAAAUAAAACAAUGGCUUAAAACGUUAGAAUUAAAUGAAUAUGAAAAUAAAUUUGAUAAAUUCAAUGGAGUCGAGGUUAGUGUUAACGACAGAAAAGCAGAAGACAAAAGAAAAUUACCUUUCAUACAACUUGGAAUAUUAAAUUCGGCACACAGAGCAAGAAUAAUAUCAAGUUUAACAAUAUUAAAACAAAAAUAUGAUAAACUAGAAGGUGAAAAAUUAGAAAAUAAAUUACAAAGGCAUAGCGUUGCAAUUGAAAGUGGAAGAUUAACAAUUUACGAUGGAGGGUAA